AUGGGUGUCAAACUGUCACAUCAACAAAAUGCUGCUUUGCUUUACCCAAAUUUAUCGGCAAGAGUCAACCAGCACAACUCAGCACCCAAUGAUCCACUAGAGGCUGUCAAGAAGCCCACAAAAAUAGUGUUGCUGGGAACAGGAGAAGGAGGAAAAUCAACCAUGUUCAAAGCUCUCAAGUAUUGGUAUCCUCCAAAGCGAAAAUUCAUUGCUCCCACCACGCCUAACAACUCUUCGGCAAUGAAUUCCGGAAUCUCUUCCACGACUCCUUCUUCUACUUCUCCUGUUUCAUCCUUCAAUACGAAUAAUUUUAGUCAUUCAAGCCCAGGAACGACUCUGAGCCUAGUCGGAGAGAGAGGAACAACCACAACAACUCUCACCUCUUCUUCAUCAUCAACGACCAACAAUGGAGUCGUGAAUAGUAGUAGCAAUACGUCUUCACCCCUAACGACUGCGGGAGGAGGUACGAUGAUGAUGGCAUCUUCCUUGCCAAGCAAUAGCCACCUCUCGAUUGGAAGCCUGCAGCAUACAAAUGUAGCUUCAUGGUCCUCUCUAUCCAUGACAUCAGCAACCAUGAUUACUGUAACACCACAACAGCAACAGCAACAAUCCUAUCAAUCAUCAUCAUUGCUUUCACCACAACAAUCACACAUGAUGAUGGGUCAUCCACCAACAUCAUUCAUACCAUCCUCCUAUUCUGGUUCCUCUUCAAGCCACAUGGCAAGCUCAAGCUUUAGCAACUUUCCUUCAUCGGCAUCGUUUGAUCGAGGAAAUUCAUCAUCCAUUCUUCCACCCAAAUCUCCAAGAGCAGCCAAUCUCAGUUUUGAUCACUCUUCUUCUUUCAAUACGACAUUGGGCACAAGUGGAUUCAAUACUCAAGCCUCUUCUUCUUCUUCUGCAUCAGAUUUAUCAAAUUUUAAUAAUUCUUGUAUUAUCUAUGAAGAGUCCUUGAAAGAUAGUAUUGAUUUGAGAGAAGACUUUACCACAAGUUUUAAAAGUCCAGAAGUCCGUCGUGAGUACGUGAGUGUCAUCCAUAGAAAUGUCAUUUUGGCCAUGUACUCUUUGGUGGAUGGAAGUAUUAAUCAUUUCAGAAAUAUUCUAUACGAGCAAUUAGAUACCAUUAAUGAUUACUAUUUAUUGGAUUGCCUUGACACCAUCAUGGAUAGCGUAUCCUCCAUGACUCCUGAUUGGCACUUGACCAAACCAGUGGCAGAGAAAAUUAAAUAUUUGUGGAAUGAAGUGCCUCAAAUUGUGGAAACUUACAACAGAGGUCACGAGUUGUGUUUUGAACAUAUGGAAAGUGCUCGAUAUUGGUUCACUUCAUUAGAUAGAAUUACAGAUCCAAAUUAUGUUCCCACCAUGGGUGACAUUUUGAGAGUGAGAGUACGCACAACAGGAAUUGUUGAAACCAUGCUUCAUUUUCCGAUCAAGAUUAAGAAAAAAACUUCCUAUUAUUAUUAUAAUUGUGAAAAUGAAAAAGUUCGAUUGGAUGUUGAGAGAUCCAAUCAUUCUUCAGAAAUGCUACAUGCCAAUCAAUCGUUUGAUGGUUCAACGAGUAUUGAUGGAUAUUCAAGUUUUGAAAAGAAAAAGAAAGAUUAUAUUGUUUCCUACACGAUACAAGAUCGAUUUCAAGACACAAAGUUUACUCUCGAUUUAGACGAUAUUUUACCUCAGAAUAUGGAACCCAUUAUUGAACACAAGAUUGUUAAAGAUUCAGAGGAGGGAUCAAAAACUUAUAUCAUGCACAAACCUAUCAAAGUAGUUUUGAUGGGCUCACAACGAAGUGAGAGAAGAAAAUGGAUCCACAGCUUUGACGAUGUUAGUGCAGUCUUUUUUGUCGUUGCACUUUCUGAAUUUAAUCAAGUUCUCUAUGAAGACAGAAGAUCCAAUCGAAUGCUGGAAAGUCUUCUUGUAUUUAAUGAAAUUGUAAAUUCAACCUAUUUUGCCGAUGUGCCUGUAUUUUUAAUAUUCAACAAGUAUGAUGUAUUCUUAGAAAAACUUCAAAAAUAUGAUUUAUCCAUCGCUUUUGGAAAAGAGGUUCCAGACGACUUGAAAUUGAAUGCCAAUAAUCCAUUUUAUCAAUUUGCUAGUAACUUUAUUCAGGAGCGACUGAGAAAUCAUAAGAAACAACUCGAAGAAGAAUCAGAGGAUUUAUCUUUUGAUAAAUUCAUGGAAAAUUCCUCUGAACCUCGAAGAAACAAAAGAUCUCUCUCCUAUGAGAUACGAAAUGGAAAUGAUGAUGAUGUUGUUGAUGCAGAUGAUUUUGUUCUCUCUCAAAAGGAAGAAAAGAACAUUUUUGAUGAUUUAAUUUCAAAAGAAGAGAAAAAGCUUUUGAAGAAGGCUCUUGCUCAAAACAAAAAGAAACCUUCACUGUUUGGUUUUUUAACACCUCGAUCCAGAAGAGAGAUGGAUGAGUCGAAUAUUCAUCAUGUGCAACCAGCUUCAAAUUCACGGCAAAAUGUGAUAUCUCCACAAAAGAGAAAAAAGAAGAAGGAUGAAACUCCAAGAACUCUUUCCAUUCUCGACCAAGCUAUUGAAGAAGAAAGUAAGGCAUCUUGUAGCUCACUGAGUACCAUGAAUAGAAAUGCAAAAAGACUCUCAGAUGAUAAUUUAUUAAGACAAAUAAUGAGUCAGACCUACUCCAAUGUGCACGUUCGAGGAAUGCAACAACUUACCAGCAACAAUAUUGGAGCAGAUUGUGACGAUGAUACUGAGAAUGAUGUUUUAGAUGACGACGCAGAAUGGACAUAUUGUGAAGAAGUGGAUAUUCACAAAAUUCCAGAUCUUCCAAAAGAUGCCUUGAUUUAUGUAUGCAUGUUUUUGGAAGCUCGUGAAUUAUGUGCUCUCAGCGAAGUGAGUUAUGAAUUUUACAAGAUUGCCACCAGCGACCUUGUUUGGAGAAGUUUAUGUCUCAGGUAUCAAUCAGACAUUGAUGAAAAUAUUGUCAUUUCUAAAUAUGCGCUCUAUAUUCAACAAGAGAAUUAUGCACAACAAGUAUUGGACAAAAUUAAUUCAGCUGACUGGAAAUUAUCUACCUCAAGAGCAACUGGCGAAGACUCACAAAUCACAAAUGACAUCACACGAACAAACAGUAGAAUAUUUUUGAAAGGAGUCUACAAGUAUUGGUUUGAAUUUGGUCAAUCCUUCAUCAAACGAAACAUUGAUUUCAUUGUAAACAAGUUUAUGGAGCAAACGAAUAGAAAAGAUAUCCGAGUUCACAUCACUACCGCAAUUGAUCUAGAUUCGUUAAAGCCAAUUAUGGAUAACACGUUUUACAGAAUUAUCAAACAUGUUGCGGAUCAACACAAAGACUAA